GUACAUUGACCACAAUCAGUCUGUACAACUUGCUCAUGCAAGUAAAAUUAAAAUAAAAAUCAUAAAUUACAUAAUUUAAAAGAAAAAAAAAACAAAUUUUAUUUCGAUUUAUUUAUAGACAUUUUAUAAUUUAUUUUGUGCAAUAAACACACUGAUUUACAUCAUCGAAAUAUAUAUACACGAUAUAUACAUAUCACAGUGGAAAAAAAAAAAAAAAAAUCGCAAUAUUUUUCAGUUAAAUUGUGUGUUACUUGCCGACCGAGUAAAUAGUAAUAUUUAUUUAUUUUUUCUACAAGUUGUUGUUGUUGUUGUGCUGUUGUUAUUAAUUGAUUUAUUUAAAUUUGGUAAAGUGUAGGACAAUUGUGAGAUUAAUGACAAUAUUGUCAUUGUUGUAAAGUGUGUUAUAGUGUAAAUUAAUUAGCUGUUAAUUAUUAAAAUAUGUCGGAGCAAGAGCAUGAAACAAAAGUGAGGUUAAGACGUACUAAAAGUGUUGCCAGAGCUGAGGAUAUACAAAGAGCUGAUUAUAUGGUUCGAAGAUCACAACCAGAUAAACCAUGUCACAGACCAAGAGACAGUCUUUUUUCUUGGAGUUCAGGAUUCAAUAAUUUUACAGGAUUUGUAAAUUGGGGCUUCUUGCUUCUUGGCAUUGGUGGAGUUCGUUUGCUGCUUGAAAAUUUUAUAAAAUAUGGUGUCAGAGUAGAUCCACGACAAUGGUUUUUUUUUUUAGACUAUAAAAAUGGUGGAAGUAAAGAUUAUCCUUCAGUUAUUCUCAUUACAUACUCACUUGUACCUGUGCUAUUUUGUUUACUCAUUGAAAAAGGACUCUCUUUAGAUAUAAUUGCACAUGGACCUGGCAUGGCAUUUCAUGUGGUCAACUUAGUAGUGAUGGUUUUGAUGCCCAUGGUAGUUAUACACGUCAAGGAAUCUGGUUUUACUCUGAUUGGAGCUGAAUAUGUUUGUAUGCUAUAUGCCAUACUAUUUUUAAAGUUAUGGUCGUACGUGCAGGUCAACAUGUGGUGCAGAGCUAAUGCAAAAAAAAUAUCAUCAAAACAAGGACGAAUUAGGCGACAAUCUUUGUCAUAUGAUAAUUCACAAGUAUCAACAGCACAUCAAAAUUCAAAUGAAGAUGAAGAAACUUAUCACGAUGCAAAUGGUGCUGAUGUACAUCUUGUUAAAUAUCCAAAAAAUCUUUAUAUCGGUGAUUUAUUUUAUUUUAUACUUGCACCAACUUUAUGCUACGAGCUCAAUUUUCCACGUACCCAAAGAAUAAGAAAAAGAUUUCUUAUGAAACGAAUAUUUGAAGUUUUUGUUGGUUUUCAAGUUGUCAUGUCGAUUUGUCAACAGUGGAUAAUACCGUCAGUAAAAAAUUCUCUAAUUCCAUUUUCGAACAUGGACGUUGCCAAAGCUUCAGAGAGACUCUUAAAACUAGCGAUACCAAAUCAUUUGAUGUGGCUGUGCUUUUUUUAUUUGACGUUUCAUUCAUUCUUGAAUUUGAUGGGUGAACUGUUGUAUUUUGCUGAUAGAAAUUUCUAUUGCGAUUGGUGGAAUGCAAAUAAUAUUGAUACAUUUUGGCGAACAUGGAAUAUGCCUGUACAUCGUUGGGCACUCAGGCAUUUAUAUAUUCCUGUUGUGGAAAUGGGAUACGGCAAGUCAACAGCAAGUGUUAUUGUAUUUUUUAUAAGUGCAUUUUUUCAUGAAUAUUUGGUCAGUGUGCCAUUAAAAACAUUCAAAGUCUGGGCGUUUUUAGGAAUGAUGGGACAGAUACCAUUGUCAGCAAUAAGUAAAUAUGUUGAACGUCAUUUUGGUGCAAGAUGGGGCAAUAUUGUCGUUUGGUCAAGUCUGAUAAUCGGUCAGCCUCUCUCAAUCAUGGUAUACUAUCAUGAUUAUGUGGUGACACACUUUGGCGAUACACUACUAGAGGAUCACUCAAUAGUCUAGUUACACAUAUAUUUGCAUAACACUUAUCAGUGUUUAGUUUAAACAUUGAUUAAAUAUAUUCCAAGAUGAUUGAUGAUAAUGUCUUAAUUAUUAUUAUCAUCAAUAUCUGCCAAAAAAUUAUGUUUUUCUUCGUUAAAGUUAUUUAUUUUUUAUGUUGUUUUGGUGGUUAUUAUUAUUAAUACUCUUUUGAACUAUGUAACUAUAAUUUAUGUGGCUAAUUGGGAAUAUUAUUGCGCAUUUAAUAAUUCAUCAGAAAAUUACAAUCCAAAUAUUUAUAUUCUAUUCGAUUUUAUUAUGUUUUUUUUUGCUCAUAUAUUUAUCAAUUCUUUUUAAAUUAUCAUUGUUAAUUGUAUUGAAUUUAUUAUCACGUCUUCCAAUUAUGUAAAUUGGGUCAAUCGAAUUUAAAUCAAAAGGUUAUUAAAUUUAAAAAAAAAAAUUUCGAAUAAAAUAAAAUUUCUAAGAAUACAUUUCGUUCGAUAAACAUCUAUCAUAAAUAUUUUUUGCUCAAUCAUAAUAUUAUAUCAUAAAAAAAUUAUACGUGAAAUAAAAAUAAUUAAAAAAAUAUAUAUACAAUUUAAUUCUUUUUAUUAAUAAUAAUUAAUAAAAUAAAAAAUUUCAUUUACAAUUAAUUAAUUUUAUUUGUCGUAAAUUGUUAUUUCUAAAACGCAACGAAGAAAAUAAAAAUCAAUAAUAGAAUAAUGAUGAUAAUUGAUGGAAAAAAAAGAAGAAGAAAUAACGAUUUGUUGAAUAUUUUAUAAAUUAUUAUCAUUGUCACGCUCAUAAAGUAAAUCGAUAUGAAAUAAUAUCGCUAAAAACUGAUUUUCACUUAGUAAAAUUGUCUUUUUAACAUUACCAUUAUUUUCAUUAUAAAAUAUUAUAAAAAUAAAUUUAUUUCAAAUGAAUUUUUCAAUAAUCAUGACAAAUAAUAAUUAUAAUAUAUCAUACUGAAAAUCCAUCUACAACAAAUUAAAAUAAUUGACAUAAUUUUGAUAUAAUAUAAAUGAAAUUUCUCUGUGGAUUUCACGAAACAAUAUACAUUUCUACAUAAACAUAGAAAUUUUCUCUUUGUCUCUAGUCUUGAUAGUAAAUAUCAUAAUAUUAAAUAAUAAAUAAUUUAAUACACAUCUGCACUAUUAUUCUCCAGUCAACAAUUUUCCAAGUUGAUAUACAAUAUUACUCACAAGACAGAUUACCCAAAUCCCCAUCAAUCAUCUUCAAAAUUUAUCAAAAAAAAAAAAAAAAGAAAUAUAAAUACAAA